AUGGCACUGCCGGUAAAACCGGUACCGCCGCGUCUCGCUCCCGAGACCGGGGCCGCAUUAGCGAAUAAUUGGCUUUCUACGCCCGCAUGUGAAAAAAGUAUUGUGGCGGCGACGGGACGAAAGUGCGGCGGAGCUGCCGGCGCCGCUUGGCGUACCAUUACCGUGUGGACAGUCGACAAGUCCAGGCAUGAACCGAAGCACGACGCUGUCGGACGAGACGAAGCGAUCUCUCUCGGUCGUUGUCUUUUGGCCGACUUCGAGCAAGUUCGAAGCAAACGAGAAAAAAUAUCAGCACGCCUUACAAAGCCCCUGGGAUACCACCUGGGUGAGUUGCUAGCAAGUCUGACUUACGAAGGGCUGUCGCCAAACCGCAUUGAGCUGCUUGGCGCUAGUCUAGGCGCUCAUAUAGCAUCGUACGCCGCAGUAAGGUAUCACCAACUGACUGGAAGGAAACCGAUGAGACUUACUGGACUCGACCCAGCAGGGCCCUGCUUUAGAAACUUACCAGCUGAAGACAGAUUCAAUCCAGAGGCCGCUCACCACGUGGACGCACUGCACACAAACAUAGACGGUUUCGGCAUCGCGGACGCAGUCGCCCAAAUAGACUUUUACGCUAAUGGUGGCGAGUACCAGCAGUCGAUGGCUCACGGCUUCAUACUGCCGUGCCUGACGCUCUGCAGCCAUAUCCGGGCCGGGCUCUACUGGGCGGCCGCCCUAAACAACCCCGACCGGUUCCUGGCGGUCCGCUGCGACUCCGUGGAGAGGGCGAGGCGCGGAGACUGCUACGAGGGGCACUUGGAGAUCAACGUGCUGGGCCUUAAUACCGACUUCUCCCGCCCGGGUAUUUAUUACUUACCCACCAACGAAGGCGACCCCUACCACCUGUCUGAAGAGGCUUUAAGGAGACGACCAUACGGCUCCAACGCUUAUCUGUUAAAAGCCGCGCCCGACGAAGACCUCGUUGUG